GCUAGGAAAUCCUCUCUGUGGAAGCUGAUUCAUGAUCUCUAUGAGGGAGGCUGGUGAUGGCCUUCAUGAUCAGAUGAACUCCAUGAUGGGAGCUCUGCAAGAACUUAAACUCCUCCAAGUUCAAACCAAGCUUGAGCAGCUGGAAGUCUCAGGAAAAUCUAGCAGUUUGGUUGAACCACCAUCCAAACCUUCUGACAUCUUUGAGCCAAAAGAUCAAAAUCAGGUUCAAUCCCAGCACCAACAUCGCAGUAGCAUCGGAACUUCACCUUCUACCUCCAGCCUGGAGAGUAGUACUACAACUUUGCCCAGGAUUAUCUCAGGAUACACUGCCCCACAAGUAGAAUACUGUGGACCAAAACUGUCCCAACUACCACUGGAACAACAUCAGGAGCAACACUCAUCCCGGCCUGCAUCAGUAGACCUUUCUGGGAUUCUAAAUAGCUUGUCCAGAGAGGGACCCUCCUUAGAUAGCGAUUACACUGAAGAUAGCAUGGACGACUCCAGCGACUGGACCUCCACUCUCAUGAGUUGCAGCCGCAACCGUCAGCCUCUGGUGUUGGGGGACAACGUGCUUGCCGACUUGGUGGGCAACUGGCUGGACCUGCCUGAACUGGACAAAGAAGGUGUGGAAGGAGGAAAGGGAAUUAACAGACCAGACUCUCCGGCUCUUCCGCUCCAGCUUAGUCGGUCACAAGAGCUGUGCAAGAGGUUUUCGUUGACAAGCAACAUCUUCAAGAGGUUUCUGCGCAGUGUCAGACCCGAUCGGGACAAGUUAUUGAAGGAAAAACUCGGCUGGAUGCCAGCAGGAAAUGAUGCAGAAGCAGAACUUUUUAAGAGACCAAAGAAAGCAGCUAAGGCCAAGGGGAGUUUUUACCUUCCUUUUUGGGCAGGGGGACAGCAAGCAAAGGGUCAGUUGUGCCCUCAGCCAGCAGAGGAAAGAAGCCAGUUCCUAGGACCUUACACAGACAGGACUACAGAGCAAAUGGACAAGGUCCAACCUUUGCUAGACUACAGUACAGUUGUUUGGGUUUAAAAGAUUUGUAGUUAGGGUGUUUCUGGGUGUUGUCUAGAUAGAUGGUAAAGCCUAAAACAGGAGACUUUUGAGGAACUAAGUUAAUUUGGUGAUGGAUGGAGGGAUGGAUAGUUUGAUGGAUGGAUGGAUAGUUUGAUGGAUGGAUGGAUGGAUGGUUUGAUGGAUGGAUGGCUGUAUGGACGGAUGGAUGGAUGGAUGGCUGUAUGGACGGAUGGAUGGUUUGAUGGAUGGAUGGAUGGCUGGAUGGAAGGAUGGAUGGCUGGAUGACAAUCUAAAAUCUUUUAGGAAGUGGUUAGAUCUUCCUCUAAUGAGGCACUUUACAUCAUGAAUACCCAAGACAUUUUUACUGAUAUGCUUUUAUUUUUC